GACGAUGACUUACGGCACAAACACCGUGUCCAUUCACCUAGAAUAUCGUGUAUAUUAGGCCUCCGCAGUCCCUGCAAGAAGGGAAAUCCUCAGAAGGCACACUCCACUCUUCAACAUGCCCGACCUGGGCGACAUCCACGCGCUCGACGGCAACAUGAACGACAUUCGACUCAUGGAGAAGAUCUUCCUCGUCAAAUCAUACGCCACAGCAGCCAUUACCAUGCUCGAACGCAUCGACAGCAGCAAGCUUGAAUGGGACAGCGAGGAACGCGACCCCUCCCCUAACAUGCUCCGCCUCGAACUCAUCAGCGAAUACGCCCAGGCGGCGUUGAGGGAAGUGGUGACAUUCUGUAAUCGCUUGGCCGCCAAAACCAAACUGCCUCUCACUCACGGCGAAGACGUGGUACACCCGCCCGCGCACGAAGUUCGAUGCUUCAUCGAGCUGCACAUCCACAUUCGUCGCGCGAUGAACUUGGUCCAAGAGCUGGACCAGACGCUGUGGGACCUGCACGAGGGAAGCACAGAGCUGCCAGAUGGGCACGAAAAGCUCGAGCAGAGGUCAGAGGAUGUGGGCAAGGAGGUUAUGAAGAUGUGGAACAUUUCGAAGAAGCUGUCUCAUAUCGGCGACCACGAGUCGGGGUAUGACACCUGGUUUCGGGAGCUGAACGACGAUGAUUAGAGGGGAAAAUGCAGGGAGACUGGAGGAGGACGCGGAGUGUGAGGACUUGGAAUGGAAUAUGAAGGCACUUUGGAUUGUGU